AUGUCUCCUGACGAGGGCUACCGCGUUUUCACGACGACCGCCUACGGCAUCCACGAGCACUUUCCUCUCAUCGCGGUCUCUCCCCAAGGUCCUCCGACCAUCCUCCCCACACACCUCGCACUGUUGGCUUGUCAGGACCGCAGGGGUAACGUACUGGCUCUUCUACUACGUCCAUCCACGCGGAACGUCAGCAAGGAAUUCUAUGUUGGGACCCCUGUGGGUUCUGUCAACGACUACGUUAGUGCGAAACUGGACUACUCCCGAGCCGUAUUCCUUCCCAUGGAGGAAGUCGCUAGGAUACGGCACCUCCUUCGUCCCGAGAAGGUCUACAUCCCACACCGCCCCUCAUACAACGCAUACGAAUUACUGCGCGAUGCCCCGUUCCAUGCGGUGCUUCGUGAUUCUCGAGAUUCCUUCGAAGUCCGCCUGUCUGGCUGGUCUCGGAAGAUCCUGGAGGCACACGGGUACCGUAUCACUAUGCCGAAGGACAACGAAAGUAUCUCCCCUCCGAGUCUUCACCUUGAUCGCAGUGUGCGUGCCCAAGUGGUCAUCAUCGCUGGGGGGCCCGGCGAUGAAUACAUCACUAUUCAAGUCGGACGUUGUAACUGUGAGCACGGCAACGAAAAAUCUUCCCUUGGCGUGAUGGUGCUGUCCCGCCAUGGAACCUGUCCCCUGGAGAAGGAGUUUGACAGACGCCAUCCGACCGAUUACGCAGGCCAUAUCUCGUCCUGGGCGUUCCGCGGGGGCUUUGCGUCGAAGGAGAUACCAUUCACCCCUCACGAAGGACAUCCUGACCCUAUCGUCAUGAGGCUUACGUUCAGUAGAGACUCAAUAGACCCUCGGAAACAAUCGGUUGCGAAGCCGAUAUAUCAGCUAGGAGUUGAGAUAUGGACACAGUCUCAUGGUACCUCUCAAGGCGAGGUGGCAUCCACGGGCGCAGAUAGUCGUAUUGGCACCCCGAUUCAUACGGAACACUUGCCGGGCCAACGACCGUUCGUCUCUACACCCCCUAGUACCAUGACGAACGGACAUCCUGUUCCCUUCUAUGCUGAACUCCAGCCUGGGCAGCUUCCCAGCGCUGCCGCGCCCGCAUCCACGCGGUCUGCUGUCCCUUCCCAUGACGUCCGCCAGCAGCACUAUGAGCAGGCACCACAGCGUUCAUACGCCCCUCCUCUGUCCGUUCCGCCUGCCUCCUCUCAACAUAGUCAUUUGUCGGGGCCCUAUGGACAAGGAGGGGCUCAGACACCGGUCGGUCAAUACGGCCUACCGCAGACAACUUCGACCGCCGCGUCAGGUGGUUCGUCGGUACCAUAUCCCCGUGGAGCAAUCAGUUCUACGCCAACGCACUCGCCGCAUACGUCUACAUCUCACAUCCCACAGACCGUCGAAAGAGCCUAUUCUGAGGACAGUAUGCAUCCAGUACUCCGUCCUGGACUGGUCGCGCGAUCCAUUUCUGACUCUGCCUCAAUGUACUCUUCUACGACCACACAAGGAUUGCCCCAGCAUACCUCAGUCGAUGGCCACCUCUCGUCGUAUCCGCCAGGGAACGCGCCGUAUGUUCCCACAACACACAAUCCCGCGAUGCAUUCGUACAACCCUCAAGGACUUCCGCCACAUCCUACUACGGACUUGCAACCGCUGCAAUACGGUCAUAGCUCAUCGCAGCCACCUGGACCAGGACAUUCGUCUGUAUCAGUGCAGGGCGUCAUCCCAGGAACGGAACAUGCACAGGGCUGGUCCGGAGGAGCAUCUCACGCCAGCAGUCUACCACAAGCGUACCGACCAGCUGAGACUGGUUCCCUUGCUCCACCUCAGUCCCAGUUCAUCGAUCAGACCCCUCGGAGCAAUCCGCCGCAGCCAAUACGUUCAGACACUGUGGACUUCGCGCAGCAGUCUGUGCAGUUCAACCUGCAAAUGCCUCAACGCCCCACGAUGAUGCUCCUUACCCAAGAUCAUGCACAGCAACAUUCGAAUACCGUCGAGCACGAGUAUCACAUGACUUCUGCCCCUGUCCCUCAGGCCCCACCGCGAGACACAACGGGUUACAUGCAAGCGCUACAGGAAGCUCGUAACACGACACCAUCUGUACCUAACCAGUAUGAUGUGCCGCCGCCCCUGCCACCAGCCCCUCCGCCUAUCAGUGGUUUCGACCCUGCAAUCCCUCCCGGUCAUUCCCAGAACGCCGCCUACUCCGCUGCAGCCAACAACCCACAGCAAUCGUAUACUGUACCACCCAGCGGGCCAUCACAGACGUACGAGAGUCCCCCUUCGAGCGAUACCCAGCCUUCCUUCCGCGAUGCUCCAUCACAGAGCAAUCAACAACAGCCGUACGCUUCGCAAGCCACCUAUCUGCAACCCCAGUAUGCUGGUGUCAACACCGCGCAGCCGCCGCCCUACCGCGACGCGCCUCCACCGCCGCCAGCUAGUCAGCCGCAGUACAGCCAACAGAAUGUCCCGCAACCAGCGCCCUACCCGCCUCUACCUGAGACACCGAGGCAGCAGCAGGCGUUCCUUGCCGACGUUCCCCCCGAGUCUCAAGGUACAAAUCAUGCAUCACCGUAG